AAACUAGUGCAGCCAGUUCAGCUAUAAAAAAUAGACUCCCUACUACUCUAGCAGAGAAUAGAGAAUAGCGUACACGUGUGAACUUGGCUUGUGAUAUGUUUCGCAAGCAUGGCGCGAGUUACGAUUGCGGCUCGCAGCGGUUAAGGUUAGAUUUCCCCGUGAUAGACGAGACGUCGUACCGCUAAUGUUCGGGCGAGAGUACAGACCCGCGCAGACAGACGUAGACUUGAAGCGCUGGUAUCAGCCAGCCGGUCAGGAACGUGAAAGGGAAUCAUCGCCGACAGCGUGACACUUCGCAUCAUCCGCGCGUUUGUAGUGGCAGAGGGAGGUUAAACUAUGGCGAAGUACCUGAUACAGAUCAUUGUGAUGGGCACCCAGGUCGUCGGCAAGGCAUUCGCGCGCGCUUUGCGUCAGGAGAUCGCGGCGAGUCAGGAAGCGGCGCGACGAGCCGGUGGCGGGAGACAGGGAGCGCAACACGCCGCCAUCAACACCAGGACAGGACUUUCGUUGGACGAGGCGCUCCGUAUCCUUAACGCGGAGCGUCUUGAUCAGACGGAGCUGAUCGAGCGAAACUAUAAGUAUCUCAUGGAAGCUAAUGACAGAACGAAGGGCGGUUCGUUCUAUCUGCAGUCAAAGAUCGUGCGCGCUAAGGAACGCAUAGACGAGGAACUGAGGAACCAGGAAAAAACGGGAUCUCCGCCACGAACAGACUCGACGAGCGGUCAAGAAGCUUCCAAGCAGCCAUGAGAUUUACUUCUAGUCUAAAUUUACUUAUUUUAAUUCUAGAAACUCUUGUACAUAAAAUAUCAUAAUUAAUAAUAAAUAGUAGAUUCUGAUCUAUUAAUUGGUAUAGUUUCUCUCAACAUGAUAUAGUUAUUUCUUUUAUUUGAUACGUAUUUCUAAAUAUAUGAUAUACCAUUAUAGAGACAGCAACCCAGACAUUUUAAAUUUAUAAUUUGUGUAUAUUCUUUAAUGCAUUCAAUGAUAAAAACCUUUGUAGAUACAAAAAUGUUACUCUUUCUGUGGAUCGAAAAAUAUGAUUUAUGAAUUAGGAACUAUUGC